AUGAAUCGUGAGCAGCGAAAACUAACGCAUUCGCUUGCUGGACGUUUCGACUUGAAAUCUCACAGUACCGGAUCGGAUGGUAGUCGUCGUAUAACGAUUUCGAGACGAACGUUUAAAGGGAAUUUAGUAUCUUGUAUAGGUGCCAUUGAAACAAAACCGUUGAAACUGAAUAAAGAACAAAUCAAAUCGUUAUCACAACUCAUUUCCAAAUAUCCUAUUGAUGAAGUGCACAUUGAAAAUCAUCUACGACCCGGAUACACU